GACAUCAGUUGUGCAACAGUCACCACUAUGAUCGGAAGACUGGCUGCUUUGAUUCUUCUAAGUACGAUGUCUUUUAUUCAAACUGCAGAUGUUUCUCAUCUCAGUUCUUUGACUGUGGUCGACACCGGUGAAAAUGUGACUUUACUUUGUCCAGUUUUUCAAAAGACAGAGACAUUCUUGUACUGGUACAAACAGCCUCUUGGACAGAUGGUCCAAACUGUCGCCUCUGGAGUUUUUAACAACGUGCAACUUCACAAAACAUUUGCGAACUCUCGCUUCCACAUCACAGAAGCAGGUACUCAGUAUCAGCUGACUAUUACAAACGUCAGCAAAGUGGAUGAAGCCACAUACUUCUGUCUCAGUGGAACAGCGUAUUCACAGAGUUUUUCUAAUGGCAUCUUCUUGGCUGUGAAUGAUCGCAACCGGCAGAAAUCUAUCUAUGUAAAACAAAGUCCAGAGGCCGAGUCCAUCUGGCUUGGACAGCCGAUCCAUCUCCAAUGUUCCCUUCUGUCUGAGGACAAAGAAAACCCAGUCCAGUGUCCAGGUGAAGGCAAUGUGCACUGGGUCAGAGCCGGUUCAGGAGAAUCUCAUCCAGGAAUUAUUUACAUUCACAAGAACAAAACUGAAGGACAAAACAAUAGGACGUGUGUCUACCAUCUGUCCAAAACCAUACAGGACUUGUCUGAUUCUGGGACUUACUACUGUGCUGUGGCCACAUGUGGACAGAUCCUGUUUGGUGAAGGAACAAAAGUGGAGAUAGGGCCUGACUUCCUAAUCCUUGUGCUUGGAGGGCUGUUAACCGGCUGUGUGACUGUGAUCGCCAUCCUUAUUUUUUACAUAAUACACAGGAGAGGUCAUGAACAACACAAAGAAAUGACAACUUCUGUCAGUCUUGGACGUAAGAAGUCGACAGCAGAUCAGCCUAAUGAGCGUGAUGGUGAUCCAGACCCAGUGAAUUACGUGGCACUGAAUUUUUCCAAAAGGCAACAAAAACGAGGACAGAAGGUGAGAGAUUCACAGCAGGAGUGUGUGUACUCUGAUGUGAGAGCGGACCAUCACACUCCUCUGUAGGCAGAGCAGGACCUGCAUCAGGCCUCAGAUCCACGCAGAGGCCACACCCACAUCAUCUCUGUAAAGCUGCUGGAAUUAUCUUAAAGACGUGUAACACACCAGAUAAUUCAGAUACGUGUAUUACUUCUAUAUGUUAUUAAAAAAGAGCUUUGCAGGUUGAGUAACCAAUGUUUUACUGUAAAAAUAGUAUUUUAAGUGAUUUGAUGACUCCUAACACUGCACAAGAGCAGGUUAUAAAAGUAAGAGUAAAUGUAA